AUGGCGACAAACACCGAUGACGAUGGGUUCUCAGCGCCACCAGUUUCCCGUUCUUUGGCUCCGAGGCCACCGAGCAUCAUAUCUUCUCGAAUGACGGACAUCGCGAGUGAAGACGGCGACGAAUCCGAGGCGCAAAAGAAUCGAAUGAGUCUUCCCCGGAGUACAGAUUUGGGCUCGCGGCCUGACACUGCACGAACCGGAGCAUCCUCUCGGGGCCCAUGGCCGAGCCAGUCGUUGCGAAACAAGACAUAUCUCUCCGGAGUACAAGCCAAGAGAGGGAGCGUCGAGAGUUCGACUGCUGGUUCGACCACUCAGGCACCAAGUUUGUCAAGCCGAAGCCAUGCCCCAUCGUUGACGUCGCAUGCUUUCUUCCGCCCUAUGAGCUCGCAGAAACUCCAGGCGCAAAGAGGAGGAACUCAUCGUCCGUCAACGAUGACCCAAAUGUCUCCCGCAUCACCUACGUCACCAACGUCUCCAACGUCUCCAACGUCCCCAAUAUCACUAACGUUCGAUGAACAUGGUGAGGCUAGCGGUAGCCAAACGCGACAGAGUAUCAUAUCGAAUCCGAUUGCGCAAUUGCAGCGACAAACAAGCCUCGACGAAAACAUGCGGUCCCCACCAUCCCGCGGCACCGAAAUGACCGAGCAAGAAACUUUGGAUAGAAUAACGGCGAAUACAAGCCCAAGCCAUGGCCAUUAUCCCGCCGGAAGUUUGACGGAUAGUGUCCGUCCUCUUCAGGGCAAAUAUUCAGAUAUGGGGCAUUUUCAGCACAGUAUCAAUAUAGACAAGAGCUACAAGGAUCUUUCCAAUCUGCCCAGCCCGAUUAAAUCACCACGGUCGUUCCGCUCGAGUUUUCUCAUGCCUGGCCGAAGUAAUGAUGGACAGCUGAGCCAGAACCGAAGUACCGAAGGAGCCGAGAAACUCUCAUCGGCCGCAUCAUCGCCGCAAUUCAGGCCUAUAGACUCUCACAACAGUCAACAUCCGCGCGUUCCCCACAAGCCAAGCCAAAAGUCAGACCUCGGGCGUGUUCACCAAUAUUUUGAUGGAAACACGGUAUUCUGUUUAGGUGGUCGCUGGCAAAACACGAGAGGGAGACCUAUUAAUGUUGCGACUGGUGUCUUUAUCGUUAUCCCUUGUGCCCUGUUCUUUGGGUUUGAGGCGCCUUGGUUAUGGAAGAAUGUAUCACCCGCGAUACCUAUUGUGUUUGCAUACCUUGCGUAUAUAUGCUUUUCUUCCUUCGUCCACGCCUCUGUUACUGACCCUGGUAUUCUGCCUCGAAACCUUCACCAAUUCCCCCCUGUAGAUGACAAUGACGAUCCCCUUCAACUCAGCCCCCCGACGACAGACUGGGCACUGAUAAAAUCUGCCGAAUCUUCAACGGCCGCGAUGGAAGUUCCUGUUAAGCACUGUAGAACCUGCAACAUCUGGCGACCACCGCGUGCUCACCACUGUCGCUUGUGCGAUAACUGCAUCGAGACACACGAUCAUCACUGCGUGUGGCUUAAUAACUGUGUCGGAAAACGCAACUACCGAUAUUUCUUUACUUUUGUUACCUCUGCGACUAUCCUCGCUGCUUACCUCAUUGCCACUUCUCUCACACAAAUUCUUCUUUACAAAAACCGCGAGGGGGUGUCAUUCGGCAAAGCUAUCGAUCAUUUCCGAGUCCCCUUUGCUCUCGUUUUCCUUGGCUUUAUGACCUUCCUCUACCCUGCUGCUCUUAUGGGAUACCACAUAUUCCUUAUGGCACGAGGCGAAACAACUAGAGAGUACAUGAACUCGCACAAGUUUGCUAAGAAGGAGCGUUUCCGAGCAUUCUCUCAAGCCAGUGUUAUCAAGAACUUCCUUAUUGUUCUUUGCCGCCCACGACAACCUACGUAUUAUCAGUUUAAGGCUCAUUAUCACGAAGGCGAUCAGCGUCUGGGUAUUCGAAGAGACAUGCGACCACGAUCAAGCUCCCAGGGAUUGGAGAUGCACGACGUCAACCCUGGAGGAUCCAGUUUUCAGGGUCCAGUGUCUCUGAGAAACGAAAGCAACCAUUAG